AUGGCGCUUCACUUCAUUAUCAUCCCGCACUCAGACCCCACUCGCGCAAAGCACACGCAGACACAACCUGGCCCUUUGCUCGUGGUUCUUCAAAUCCAUCAUCGACUGGUCGCACCGCUUACAGAACACAUCAUUCACCACGCAUUCACCGCGCAACCACCACGGCGCGCACCACGGCGCGACAUGGCCUCUAUCCAUUGCGGCUUCCACAACUUCUACCAGAUCAUCACAUCCACCACUGCGCACAUGCUCCUAGCAAUACUGGCAGCCAAUUACCUGCCUGUGAUCGCUUCUUUGUUCCUCUUCCAGACCAUUGCGGUGUGGGAGCUGGUAUCGCGCACGUCGACCACAGCGCGGCAAACAACGCCAACGCUGCCAACGCGAGACUCGUUCAUUAACGCCCUACCUUCCGCCGCCCGCCUCCUUGUGCAAGAUGACUGCACUAUCUGCAAGGACGGUUGCCAAGAUCCAGUCAUCCUCGCGUGUGGACACAUCUUUUGCCGUGCCUGUAUCGAUCGAUGGUUCGACCAAGGCAACAACACCUGUCCGCUGGACUUCCGCGUACUGUUCAAGAAAGGCUUGCAGGGAAAGAAGGCAGUCAAGAGGAAGAUGCCGCUCAUGCUGAAAGUCAAGAUAUGUCAUAUGGUCAACAGUGUGGUGUUCUGCAUGAUCUGCACUCUCCGGAUUGCGCACCUCGUUGCAUUCGGGACUGCGUCAACCAAUUUCCACCAGUCGACAACCUUACACGGAACAAUCGAUAUACGCGGAGAACCGCAGCUCUGCAUCAUCCUACUGUCAGUCUGGUAUGCCGGAGUUCUCAUGCUGCGGGGUGUGCUAAUAUUCUCGGAAUGGCUCGUCAGACUGUGCCGACUUCGGUGGCUAAAAGGCCCUGGGUGGUGGAAAGGUUUCGAUCAUGCAAAGAGAAUGCCCAACGCCGUCUUCAUUCUGUACUCUGCGGUACCUGUCGGGCUGUGGCUACUCAAGGAAAUGCUGCAGAUGAGAGCCUCAGCCUACAAAGCGGAGUCUUGCACAGCUUCAUCGCAGGCAUUGAUGCGCCCACACUGA